GCCCGCCGCCCGCGCAGCACCCGCGCCCGCCCUCGGGGCGCCCCGCCGGCCGCGGGGGCUCCGUGGCCAUGUCCCGGCGGUGGGGGGCUGCCGGCGGCGGGCGGGGGCUGGCCGCGCUCUGGCGGCUGCGGCCGGGCCUCAGCGGGCCCUGCGAACCAGGGCGCGGGCGGCGAGGCCCCGCGACUCCAUCACCCCGCACCGCGCCGUCCGCCCACCCCGCGCCGGGGCAGCGACCGCCACCGCCCCGCCCCGCCCCAGGCGUGGCUCCGCCUGCGCCGCCCGGCCCGGCCCGAUCGCGGCGGGACCGCCGCCGUGCUGACGAUGACGGUGGCCCUGGCGGCGCCGCGUGGGGCGCGGCCCCGGGAGAAGGCCUGGCCGGCAGCGCCGGUUCAGCGGACGCUGGAGAAGGGAGCCGGGCCCGGCGCAACGGCCGGAGCGGCCCCGAGCCCCGGCACCCCCAGCCCUCGCUCCCCGCUGAGCCGGCAGAACCGUGCGGAGGCGGGCAGGGGGCGUUCCCUGCUCUGGUUCUCGGUAACCUGAAAUACCCCCGAGUCCUCUUCGUUUCCAGAUAAAUCCACCGUCACAGCGAGUGUAAUCCUGUAAGAGAUUGCACUGAAAACUGAACCUACCAGCAAGAUUCCUGAAGAAACUUCUCAUCUCCAGGCUGUGUGACUGCACUCCAAAAAGAAAGCAGAAGAGGCUGUGAACAGCUUCUGAAGGAGGGGCAUUUGAGAAUCUCCUCCAAUUCCCCUGAGAAAAUGCAUUUGGCAAAAUUAUACUUAAUUCUGGAUUACUCUUUUCCCCUGUUGCUGAAGACCAAUCUUACCUCAUUCAGUCUGAUGACAAUGCCUAGAGAACACCAGGACUGUGUUUGUGCUGUGCGAGGAUGCGUCAUGGGCAGAUUGCACAGCUGCCCGAACUGAGGGAGAAUUACAAAAGAAUCCCCUUCUGUUAAAAUAAAGGCCUUUUUCAAACACAAAAGCGAGUUAAUGACUAACCACAAGACGCACUGUAGUUUGGUACAGGAAAUAAGCUCCUAUUUAAGUGGAAGUGCAAGAGGACAUUAGGUAAACAGAGGAGUGGGGCCGGCUCUUCGCCAAAAUAUCAGUCCUCUAGAAGUAUGCUGACAGCAAACUCUGCUGGAUUUUUCACUGUACCUUCACAUGGUUCACAGCCACCUCUUCCACACCUCAAAAAAAAUACUGCUCUUUUGCCAGAGCAGUGCUUUUUGCUAAGUCUGUGUGAGAGACGUGGAUCCUGCUGCCCACAGAGCCACUUCCUGCUCAGGCUGCAGCAUGUGAAUAGCUCUUGCCAGCCCAACAAGAUUGCAACACAGCCAGCCAGGACCAUACACGUGGGCCUGAGAGCAAGUGUCCAUCACCCAAACCAGCUGUUUGCUGGACAGGCAGAAGCAUCUGCAGUGGGGCUCCUGCAGGCAGGGAGGCCUGUCCCACUCACACAACACAAGGCAGACACCUUCACAGCAGCGUGGAACUUGCAGCAGCACUGCAGCUCUUUUUUCUUGCCAUCUCAAAGCAGAAGUGUUGCUGUAUUGUGACCUCUUAAAAUCAGGGUGUUUAAUCCUUUGUUAAAUUCACAGAAGUUCUGUCCUGUUUUGUUCUUGUUAAGUGAAGGAAAAUCUAAACGUGCCCUUGUCUGCUGCAUCUGUAAAAUCCAAGGGUGCCAUCCUGCUUUCUUUCCCAGCUAUGGCCUUGUCACUUAGGCAUCAUGUCCCACAGUGACUAAUAUUUUACCUGGCAAAUGGAUGCAAACUCUGUGACACUACUCUCCUCCCUGGCAACUGGUCCAUUUGUGUUUUCUAGAAUGAAAACAAAGGCAUGCUGUCAAAAGCCAACCUACACUCUCUGUGAUAAUGUGGUACACUUAAAAAAAAUUACUGCAAGGUUAACUCAUGGCAGUUGUGUAUCUUCUGGAUUACCUCUUCUACAAUCAGAACUGCAGCUGUGAAUCUUGGAAAGUCUGUUCUGUAUUGGAAAGAUACAAGGAAUAUAAAAGUGAGAAGCUCAUUUUAACAGUUCUUCAGAAUCCCUGGAUUUUAUUUUCUCCUUGGUUAUCAAUUAAGAAACCAAGCCAAGUAUUUGAAGGAAAAGUUCAUUUUUGAAAUGAGAGUAGAUUAAGGCCUGGGAAGCAAAUGAAAGGGCUCUGAUGGUGGAGAGGAGGCAGCAGUGAGUGUUUGCUGAGACUGGUUUUAUUCAACAUCUUCAUCACAACCUGCAGAAAAGACAGUGCACAAAAUCUCCAGGUCUACAAGUAUUCCUGGCCUCCUUAGGGCACUCAAAUGCCAUGCCAAUGACAACAUCCUGCAGGAUCUCACAAAACUGAACAAAAGGCACACUUGGCAUAGGCGUUUCAGUACAGAUAAAUGUAGAUACACAUGUAGAGGAAAAUAAUUCAAACCAAAGCUCUUUGAUGCUGGUGAUGGAACUGGCCAUCAUGGCCCAGGAAAGAGGCCUGAAGUUGCUGUUAACAGUUGCCUGAGAUCGUCAGCCCAGUGUGCAUCUGCAGCCAAAAAAAGCCAACAAAACUUUUGGGAAGCAGCAGGAAGAAGCUGAGAGAAAGACAAAAGGUGUAAUUUUGUUGCUCUGUGUAGCCUCAGCAUGACACAUACUGAGUCCAACUUCCAUGCCUGGUCUAUCACAGAGAAUAGGAACAUACCAUUAACUAUCAGUGUGGAAGAUUAAACCAUGAUUUGUGGAGAGCCUAAAUAGCUGAAGCAUGCUUUAGCUGCCUCCAGUCCUAGAAAACAGCAGUGACAGAUGUGUGUGCUUUGACAUCCUUGAAAAAGAAGCUGAGCUUCUAUCUGAAACAGAAACUUCAGAUCAGUCUUUGGUACCAUCUCCUGAUCUCAUGGAUUACCUGCAGAUACAGAUCCUCCUUUUGUCCUUCUAAAGAGGGAUUUUUUCCAACUACAGUGUUGUAUCACUAUUGGGAAUUGCUCAGGGUUUACAAAUGCAUGAUGGCAUCUGAAUUUUACCAGUCACAUCCCAAUGCUUUAGGACAAGCUCAGAACUUGAUUUAAGGUAAUUAACAUGCCAAGAGAUUUAUUUUAAAUGCCUGUUUGUCUUUCCCUGGAGGUGACUUAGAUUGCCUCCACCUGCAGUAAAAUUAAACACUUAUUUAUUGAUUAAACCCACUGGCAUUAAAAAAGGCUGUUAUUAAAUGGUAUUCUACUGCCAAAAUUAAUUUGCAAAACAACAGUCACAACCCUUAAAAAGUAAUUUAACCUGCACAGCUAUUAAAGCCAAGAAUGAGAUUGAAAGAACUCUUUGAAAAGAGCAUCAAAUUUGAUAAUUACUGCAGUGGAAGUCGGUGCUGGCCAUUGUUUUGGUACCUGAAUCUUGAUCAAGAACCCUGGCAGUGAACAGACAGUGCAUCUUGAACAUGUCUUACCCAUGUAUGGUGAUAUUUUCCAGCUGUAGAAAAGUAUUUGAGAAAAGUUAUGCAGUGUGGCCUUAUCAUUCAUUUUGCUGCCUGUUGCCAGCUAACUUGACUGAAUAGAACAAACAUUGCUGUUACUGAGCAGACCCUUGGAAUACACUGAUUUAUGAAUGCUUUACACAUUAAAAAUGUCAUCUCUGGGAUGCUCAGGAAGCUUUUUUGCACAGGCUGCUCCAGGAGAGAAGGCACUUUUUUUUUUUUUUUGGGUGUAAGUCUGCCACAUAUACAAAAACAGCAAAAGAAAAUCACAGUCUGUGUAACAAAAAAGGAUGCAGAGCAGGGUGGAUUAAGGGCAGUGCAAUGUCAAAUAGGAAAGAGGGAUGGUUGAGUUUUCAGCUGGGAAAAAGAUAACAGGAGACAGGAUCUUACUGUGCUUACGUGAGACCUGUGCACCUUCUAGAUAUUGAAGGAAACAGAAGUUGUUUGAGAAGCCAGGUAAAUCUCUUACUAUUCCAGACUGCAUAUGGGAAAGGUGGAGUGCAUCCUGCUUAGCUAGUCCUGUAAACCUGUUGUGAUUUUACUGACUUCUGGGGGCAUACCAGUAAAUUCUCCUUCUAUUUAUUACAACUGCACAUCUAAUUAAACAGCUUACAAAGUGGGGUGUGGAGGAACAGGAGACUGCUAAAGGGACCUACUGCACUGCAGGGGUGUGCUGCUUUCUGUCCAGUACUGUGGGAUUUCACAAACAGUUGAGGAAGAAAAACCCCAGUAAGAGAGGUGUGCUCAAACACAUAACCCUUCAACUCUGAGAAGCACGGGUUUGGCUAAUAAAACCACCACUUUAUACUUUUAAUGCUUGGCUCUAUUAGGGUAUAUAAUGAAAUGGAACAUACCAUUGUGUCAUUUGUUUUAUCCCUUUUUGCUCCGACAUAGUACUGUUACAUGAUGGUAAAUCUUCUCUAGUUAUGCUCUCCUUCCAUCCACCACAUCUUUUUUCUUCGUUUUCCUCUUCUUCUCUUCACAUAUUUGUUCAUUUUUAUGUUAUUUGGUUUUUAUUCAGCUGCUCUCUGCAUUAGCUUCAGCAUUAAUCAGCUUGGAAAUCAUCCUGCCAAGAAAUGCACUGCACAGCCUGGCAGCUGUAGAAAACAAGCAUCAGAGAACUUCAAGCAGCAGGCCCAGGUACUAAAAUUAAUCAUGGCUCUAGGAAAAUUAUUAUGACAAUGCAAAAGAAGACACUCAUCAGUGCAGGAAAACCAUGGCAAAAAAGCCUGGAUACAGAGAGCAACUGGGGGAACAGACAUCUGACACUCCUGGACUGCAUAUGUGUCAGUGCAGAUCUGCAUGAAAUGUUCUGUCUGGGCUGAAAUACCAAUAACCCCAGCUCCCUGGCAGUGGUGUUGGGCAUCCUCUCUCUGCCCACAGGCCAGGGUGAGGCUGUGCUUGUCCAUCCAGUCCAGUCAGGGCUCAGCGUGGGUUUUGUCCACCUUGAAGCUUCAGGAGUUGAAGCAACAGCCAGAUUUAGCAUGAGACUUCCAUGUCCAGGGUGGCUAAGAAGCCAGCUGACAAGGUUCCUCUGCAAAACCAAUGUUUAGUUUCAUGCCUAUGUUCUUAUCCUUCCUGCUAUUAUAAAAUGUUCUUCCGUUUCUUGGAUGUGAGCAACUGUGAUACAACAGUGACUCAUGUUUCCAUGUCUUUAGCUGCAUUACACUGCAAGGAAAAUCCACGUCUAACUGCUGCACAAUUGCAAAAGGUAAGUUUUACAGACCCCAACAGCACCAGAACAAGGCCCAAACAGCAACAACAUGGUAAUUUUAGCAGGCUUGCUGUCAGGGAACUGGCAGUACAACUUCUGGACUCAAAGUGCAUGAGGCUCUAGGCAUGGCUGCAUAGUUGCUAACAGCUUUAUGCAGCACUUCCAGCUGCCUGGGCUCAGCCAGCCAGCACUGCUGCUGAAACCCCUUCAAUCCAUGGCUGUGGAGAAAGCCCCUAGAUCAGUGCUCAUGGAGUUGCAUGGUGUGAUUUGGCAUGGACUGGUUUUCUGGUAGCAAGGGAGGAUUUUGUGAGAAGAUGCUAGAAGCAUUCAUCAUGUCCAACAGAGCCAAUUUCUGAUGGCUCUGAAGAUGGAAAUGCUGCUGGCCCACUUACAGAGGCUGGUAAUGCUUCUGUGAUGACCUGUUUAAGAAGAAAAUCAAAACAGGGCACAGACAGUUCAUUUUCCAGGGGUGGUGAGGUGCCACCACCAGGGCCAUCCCAGCGCAGCGCACAAUGAUGUGCUGCAGCCACUGCCACCUCAGCACGGCCUGCAGCGAGCCUUGCCUGCCUGGCCACCCCCAGCCAGCCAUGCCAGGGCAGCAGGGCAGGGCUGGCAGUGGCCUCUCCUUCCCGGCGUUGAACAGCCCCAGCCCCAGUGCCACCACCACUGCCCGCUCAGCGCCGCGGGGCCGCACGGGAGACACAGAGAGGGACUGUCUGGCAUGGAACCUAGACGAGAUCAACCUCUCAGCGCUGUGGGAUCCUGCAAGAAUCUUUGACUUAGGGGAACUUGUUGGCAACAGUACAGGCAAAAGUCUUUCUUCUAGUCAGAGAAGAGAAGGAAGUGAGGACACGUGGGGAGAACAACAUGGUGGCACCAAGGUCAGUGGAAAAAGGGAGAGGAGGUGCUCCAAGCACCAGAGCUGAGAUUCCUCUGCAGGCCGUGGUGAGGACUGUGGUGAAGCAGCUGUGCCCCUGCAGCCCAUGAAGUCCAUGGGGGAUGCAGAGACCCACUCAGAGCCUGUGGGAGAAGUGCUCACACUCAAACAGGUGGAGGCCAGAGAAAGCUGUGAUCUAGUGGGAGACCUGAAUGGAGAGAGAGGGUUCCUGCUUCCAGAGAUAGGGAGCCCUUGUUUCCCAACUAGAGCAGCCUAUUCCUAGAGGACUGCACCCCAUGGACAAGUGACCCACAUCACAGCAGUUUUGGGAAGACUGUUUGCCCCUGGGAUGCACUCAUGUGGCAGCAGUUCUGGCAAGACUGCUGCUCUGAGAUUAGAGCCACAUUAGAGACAUUCACAGAGAACUGUCUCCCAUGAGAGGGACCCCACAGCACAGCAGAGGGAAUACUCCUCUCCCUGAGCAAACAGAAGUUGAUGUCCAGUGACAAACUGACCAAAACCCCCACACCCUGUCUCCCUGUACUGUCAGAGGGAGGAAGGGAGGGAGGGGCUGGGGGAGAAAAAAAGUUUUAAAGGCUUAUUUUACUUCUCAUUAUCCUCCUGUAACUCUGUUAACAAUAAAUUUACUUUAUACCUUUCGAUUUCAA